AAAAGGAAAAACCCAAAUGAAGGGGAUUGAAGAAGCUACAAACACAACACAUGAUAUUGAAAGCGGCCUUAGAAGAUCAAAAACAGAGCCAAAGAAAGCAAUCGGCUUCUUUUUCUUUUAUCAAACUCACACCUGUGAUUAAACUGUUGAAAAUCCAUACAAAUCUCUCUUCCUCUCUAUCUCUUUCUCUCUCUUCCCUUUGAUUUUUGCCUUCCAACCCAAGGAAAUAAACUCCCACCUCAAAAAUACUCUUCCCACUUUCCAUUUCAAUCCCAUUCAUACUUCCCCAAAUUCAGUAUGAUCGUUGUUUCUGCAUUGGGUUUCAAUCGGUCUGCCAUUGAUGGGCGGCCUCGAGCUUUCAAAGGAAACCUGUGUUCUUGACCCUCUAAAUCAACAGACCCAGCUCCGACUUCCAGAUUUAUGAUGAUUCAAUUUCUUUGAGUUGCCAAAACCUUGCCCAUAGGACAUGAAUUCAUCAAGCUUCCACGAUAAUGCUUCUGGGUCUUCGAAUUCUUAUGAUGGGUAUUCCAACUUUAGUUUCGUUACGCAAUCGGUUCCUCGAUCGAAGUCUGGUCUUACGAGGCCGAGGAUGACGAAGGUGAGAAGGCAAGCGAAUUCACAGGAUUUCAGGUCUGCGGCGGCGUUCCCGGAAAUGUUUCGGCCGUCCACCGGGAAUUCAUUGCCAGUAUCGUUUUGGGGUGGUCAGGAUUCUGUCUCCGGUAAAUCGGGUGGGAUUGAGAAUCAGCCAUUUGUAUUUGGAGAAAAUAGGAGCACCACCAGCUCGAAUUUGGAGAGGUCAGAAAGAGAAGUUUUUGAUGGAAUGAAGAAAUUGAAUAUCGCAAGUGUAGAUGAGGCUCCGAUUGCUAGAGAUGGGAAAUUCAGCUUCAAUGGAGGUAAUAGCAGUAAAACCGAGGUUUCUGAUAAAGGAGGCGACAAAGCCAUUGAAUCAAAGCUUCCGGAUGACAUGGGGAAAUUGAACAUUGAAGAAGGGCAAGGUAAUGCUGCACGAAUUGACAAAACUAGAAAUGAACGUUCGAGGUUGAGAUCAAAUGAACAGGCUAAAUUUGGUCUGUGGAGCAGUAAUGUUGGUGAUCCUCUAGUUUCAGAACUCCCUAACAAGUUGGAGCAUUUGAACAUUAAAGAUAUUGGCAGUGCUGCAUUUAAAGCUGAUGGUGUGGAUAUAUUCGGAUUGGACAAGGGUAAGGGUGUUACAAGCUUUGAUGUUGGAAGCUCAGCAGAUUCUCUCCCCGAGAAGAUAAAAGGUUUGAACAUAAAGGGCACAUCGAAUUCAACAAAUAUCAACACCCACAAGGAAGAAAAAUUUGUCCCUGAAAGCAACCAAAGGACCGGUGGUAAUUUUGUUGAGCAAAAGGAUACUUUGUUGUCGAGAAAGAUGGAGGAGAUGAAACUAGAUAAAAGGACGCCUUCAUCUGGAGGAAUUGCAGAGACGACAGAAGUGCAAAGUUCUAGCGAUUUAGAUCGAAAUCCUAAUCAACCAUUGGCCACAGACAUUAAAUCUCAGAAGGAGUACAAGGACAUGGGAGGUAAUCAGGUUCCUACAUAUGCACAAAAGGACGGGAAUGAUCAAAAUGGUAUGGCUAUGCCUUCUUCAAUAUUUUAUAGUGAUAUGCAAUUUAAUGCUGUUGGUAGUACAUUUCAAGUAAAGGAUACAAACAGAAACAAAGAAACAUUUUGCUUUCGCUCUAGGACUAAACAAGAAAAUCCUGGAUCAUCUUUUGUAGAAUUUGAAACGCCAGAUGUCAAAACAAACAUUUUUUCUGCUGGAAUGGGUCAAAAUUUUCAGUUCAAUGCACAGAGAGAUCCAAUUAAAGAAUUUGGACCAAAGAGUAGCAGUGGAAGAUAUAAUCCUACCACGGUACAGUUGCAUGUUGAUCACGAAACUCUGGACUUUGUUUCAAGGGAAAGGGAUCCUCUGGAGAGAGACAAGGCAUCUGAACCCUAUUCACCAAUGGAUGUUUCACCAUAUCAGGAAACGUUAGCUAGUGAUCCAAUCUCUCGUGAAAAUUCUGUGACAUCCAAUGAAUCACUGAAUCUUGACAACAACUCUGUUGAAUUUGAUGAGUUACAACCUGAGGUCUUAACUGAUGUUAUAGAUGAAGAUCUGCUUAACGCUGCAAAAAACUUAAAUAUAAGUGAACCUGCUUUGAGUGCGACUGAAGUAGAAGGAGAUGGUGGCUCUCUUUACCAUUCUUAUACCAACCGUGGUGCUGAAGGUCCUCUGGAAGAAUCUGUUUCAGGUGCAGAUACUGAAAGCUACAAAUCUGCAAAUGAAGAGUUGGAUUUAAGUGGUGAUCUAGCAGCUAUUUCAGAAGAAACAGAAGCCAGUUCAAGUUUGAAAUUUGAGAGGCAGGAUAGCGAUGACAGGAAGCAAUUUAGUUUUGCUUCAAAUUCAGAGGAUACUUCCAGGUCGAAUUUUAUAUUUGCUGCCUCUUCUGCUGCUCAAGGUCAAUUAUCUACAUCCAAACGCCAAUAUAAAAAGAAAAGUUGGGGAAAAGUUGGUCAAGAUUCUCAUAUGUCCCCAACACUUGGUAUUGAAGUUCCAUUGUCGUCAUCUUCUGCGCAAUUCGUUACAUUUUCUGGGAAUUCAUCACCGAUAUCGUCUCAGAAAAGUCAAAAAGGAGAUCCAUCUAUGGCUCAACACAAAUAUGGAGUUGACUCUUGGGUGAACAAAGGCCCGGAGAUGAAGCAAGAGUCUGUUUCUACUAUAGCAGCAACUGUUGCUGCCCAGGAGGCUUGUGAAAAGUGGAGAUUGAGAGGCAACCAGGCAUAUGCAAGUGGUGAUUUAUCCAAGGCUGAGGAUCAUUACACUCAAGGGGUGAAUUGUAUUUCAAGAGAUGAAUCGUCUAGAAGCUGUCUCAGGGCUUUGAUGCUUUGUUAUAGCAAUCGUGCAGCAACUAGAAUGUCUCUGGGAAGAUUGAGAGACGCAAUCAGUGACUGUACAAUGGCUGCUGCUAUAGAUCCUGGCUUUUAUAAAGUGUACCUUAGAGCUGCAAACUGUUACCUUGGCCUUGGGGAAGUUGAGAAUGCGAUACAAUAUUUCAAGAAAUGCCUACAGCCUGGAAAUGAUAUCUGUGUGGACCGCAAAAUUGUAGUGGAAGCAUCUGAUGGCUUGCAAAAUGCUCAGAAAGUGUCUGAAUGCAUGAAACGUUUAGCCGAACUUCAGCUAAGAAGCACAUCCAGCGAUAUGCAGAGUGCGCUGGAAUUAAUUUCUGAGGCUUUGGUAAUAAGCUCAUGCUCAGAAAAAUUACAUGAAAUGAAAGCAGAGCUUCGAAGAUAUGAGGAGGUGAUUCAGUUUUGUGAGCAGACUCUAGAUUCUGCUGAAAAAAAUUCUUGUUCAGAAGAUUUAGUCAGUCAAACCUCUAAUCUGGAUGCUUCUGAAAUCUUAAAGAAGUUUUACUUCAGGAUUUGGCGAUGCCGCUUGACACUCAAGUCCUACUUCCUUCUGGGAAAACUUGAGGAAGGUCUGGCUUCUUUAGAAAUGCAAGAGGAGAGAGCGUCUACAAUGGUUGGGAAUGGGAGAAAGUUUCUGGAGACAUCAAUACCUCUAGCCAUUACCAUGAGGGAGCUCCUUCGUCACAAGGCUGCUGGGAAUGAAGCAUUUCAGGCAGGGAGGUAUGCAGAAGCCGUUGAACAUUAUACAGCUGCUUUGUCAUGCAAUGUCGAGUCACGUCCCUUCACAGCUGUUUGUUUUUGCAAUCGGGCUGCUGCAUACAAAGCUCAGGGCCAAGUUAUUGAUGCUAUUGCCGAUUGUAGUCUUGCUAUAGCCCUUGAUGAAGAGUAUUUCAAGGCAAUUUCUAGACGGGCCAUUUUGUAUGAAAUGAUUAGAGAUUACGGUCAAGCAGCUAAUGAUCUCCAAAAGCUUGUAUCACUUUUCUCGAAGGAAUUAGAGAAGACAUUUCAGUAUGCUACUUCUGAUAGAUCAAGUACCAGUACAAAUGAUUUGAGACAAGCUCGUCUCCGGCUUGCAGAAGUUGAAGAAGAAUCAAGAAAGGAAAUUCCAUUGGACAUGUACCUUAUUCUGGGAGUUGAUCCAUCUGCAUCUUCAGCUGAAAUUAAGAAGGCGUACAGGAAAGCUGCUCUCAGAUACCAUCCAGACAAGGCUGGCCAAUCCUUGGCUAGAGCAGACAAUGGAGAUAAUGUGCUAUGGAAGGAUAUAGCUGGAGGAGUCCACAAAGAUGCUGAUAAACUUUUUAAAAUGAUUGGAGAGGCAUAUGCAGUACUCUCAGAUCCUAUUAAGCGCUCACGAUACGAUGCGGAAGAAGAGAUGAGGACUGCCCAGAAGAAACGCAAUGGAAGCAGCACCCCUAGAUCACAUACAGAUGUUCAUCAAAGUCAUCAAUUUGAAAGAAACAGCGUUAGGCCUCAGUGGCAAGAUCUAUGGAGAGCUUAUGGCGCUCGAGGAUCGGAAUUUCCUCGAUCAACCAGGUAUUCGUAAGAACUCUACACCAACACGUCAUGAUAGAAUUCAGGCUUUCAAAUGAGGUUUUACACUAGGGCUCAUCAAAUAAUUGAUCGUUUGGUCAAGAAAUCCAGCAGCAGUUUUGACCCCUCUUAGUGAAACCGGCCAAAAGUUGAAAAUUGGUUCAUAGGGAAUCUUGAUGGCUAAAUCUCGCAAAAGAGGUGGAGGUUUGAUCUGAUCCUUAACACAUCAAUCUUGAUGCCAUGGAGGAAGUAAAAUGAAUGUGUUUCAGUUUUUCAUUUCCAGCUAGUAGCUUGUUCAUAUGAUUGAGAGUGAUAGAUUUGAUUAUAGAGUGAAAAAGAAAAGAAGAAAAAGAGGAAACGUAACAUUAUAAAACAAAACAAAACACGACCUUACUUGAACAGGAUCCGUUCAAUAGGUUGUACAAUUGUGUCCUUGAGUUCUAAAAAACAAAACAAAAAGAAGGAUGAUGAUUUGAAGCUUUUCAAGAUUUUUCCUUUCCUUUGAACAAUAUUUUAUCCCCAUCUUUUCUGGGGGGUGACAGAGGAGAAGUGUGUAGUUGUUCUUAGUACCAUGUACAGACAGAAGAGAUGAAUUAUGAAGUGUGUUACAACUUACAACA